UCUUUUCUCUUUAUCUCAUUUUAAACUCGUUUUAAACUCGUUUUAAUGGUGAGCAGUGGGCCGAUUGUUCUCCGCGGCGGGAGGUAGAGGUGAGGGCUCAGACUGACCGCACAAAAGGACAGUGCUCUUCAUCUUCGCUGAACAGACGCUGUGUCAAACACUUUUUUAGGCUCACACUUGAGUUUUAUUUGCAUUUGCUUCACUUUCGGCGCUGUGAAUGUGACAGAUUAUCGGGCAGUGGACAGGCGACCUCUCGCUCUCACAGAAUGGGAUGCGAAAGCGGAACGCGCAGGAGCAAGACAGCGGCUCUGAGCGGGACUCACAGCCGGGACUGAAGCGCCAUCCCCGGGCAGAGGAAGCGCAGGCGGCCGUGGGUCAGCGGGGCGCCAUGGGGAAGCCUUUCAGGAGGGGCGCUCUCUGGAGGAGACUGCGCAGACUGUUCUUGUGGCUGAUGCUGUUUUAUGUCUCAAUCCCCGUCAUCAUCAAACUCUGCCCCUCUAUCCAGGCCAAGCUGGUCUUCCUAAACUUCGUUCGGGUCCCGUACUUCAUUGACCUCAGACGACCUCUGGACCAGGGCCUGAAUCACACGCACAACUUUUACCUGGAGCCAGAGACAGGAGCCAGAGUCGGAGUCUGGCACACUGUUCCCUCUCUCAUGUGGAGGGAGGCUCAGAACAAAGAUGGUCUCUGGUUUGAGUCCUCACUCAGAUCUGCAAAGUCUGUCAUUCUGUAUCUCCACGGCAAUGCAGGCACCAGAGGAGGUGACCACCGUGUUCAGCUCUAUAAGGUCCUCAGCUCACUGGGUUUCCAUGUCAUCGCUUUUGACUACAGAGGUUGGGGGGACUCAGAUGGCUCUCCUUCAGAGUUGGGGAUGACUUCAGACGCUCUGUUUGUCUACGACUGGAUCAAAGUCCGACUCAACAAAACCCCACUGUACAUUUGGGGCCACUCCCUGGGCACCGGGGUGGCCACGAACCUGGUGAGGCGUCUGUGCGACAGAGGUUCUCCUCCAGACUCUCUGAUUCUGGAGUCUCCUUUUACCAACAUCAGAGAAGAAGCAAAGAGCCACCCAUUCUCCAUGGUUUACCGGUUCCUUCCUGGAUUUGACUGGUUUUUCUUGGAUGCCAUUUCUGCAAAUCACAUCUAUUUCGCCAGUGACGACAAUGUGAACCACAUCUCAUGUCCAGUCCUGAUCCUGCAUGCUGAGGACGACACCGUGGUGCCAUUCCACCUGGGCAAGAAGUUGUACAACAUGGCGUCUCGCUCAAAAAGUCUUAGUGGUCACAAAGUCCAGUUCGUCCCCUUUGACUCAUCUCUGUCCUACAAACACAAGUUUAUCUACAGAAGCCCGGAGCUCCCACACAUCCUCAGUAACUUUCUGGAGAUGUCUCUUCCUCAUCAUUGAGCUCAGACUCGAGGCUUUGGUCCAGACGCUGACACAUUCCUCCAUAUUUAUGUUACUCAAAUAUUUUUAUUUUAUUUUCUGAACCAAACUUUUUAACUGUUUCUCUGCAGCGCUGCCUGAGGUUUGAAGUGACGCCUGUUUGACUUGAAAUAUACAUUAAAUAUUCAUCUUUUAAACCC